CGUUACGCGCUUUUGCCACUGCGCUUCCCGCUCGCCGUUUGUCUAUCUCUCUCCUCCUCCUACUCGUACCCGUGUUUGCGCCUCUCCUCACCCUUCGUCUCUGUUCGCGCGGCGCUGCUGAGUGCAAACACCCACAGCCUAUCGCUUUCGGCCCGCCCACUCCUGCCCACUCGAUUCUACCCUCGACUUUUCCUUCACCACCUCAACUUCCCACCGCCAUACCUCCAGUCACAAUGGCCUCCCUGUCGUCGCAUCCCUUCACCUGCAACACCUGUCAGGUGGCCUUCCGCGCCAGCGAGCUCCAGCGCGCUCACAUGCAGACCGACUGGCAUCGCUAUAACCUCAAGCGCCGCGUCGCCUCGCUCCCUCCGCUGUCUUCUGAGAUUUUUGCCGAAAAGGUCCUUGCCAACAAGGCCACCGCCGCUGCUACCGCCGCGAAAGCCCAGUUUGAAAAGCUUUGUGAAGCCUGCCAGAAGACGUAUUUCAGCGAAAAUGCUUUCGCCAACCACCUCAACAGUCAAAAGCACAAGCAGAACGUCAUGAUCAUGAACAGGCACAGGGCCGCCCGCGCCGGCGGCAACGACGAUGAUGCCACCUCCGUCAUGAGCUCUACUUUCUCUCUUGGCGAGCCGGUUGAGACGUCCUCCGUUGGAACUGUCGCUGACAAGGAGUCUGAGGCGGAUGUUGCGAGCGUGGUUGACGGUAUGGAGAACGCGUCCCUGGAGGAAGGAGGUCCUGUUGGGCGCAGGCCUUCGCGCCCCGAGGAGCGGAAGCCGGCGCACCCUCUUUCCCGGACUACCACCACCACGACCGACGGGGAGUCGAAACCUGCCGUCCCCGAGCAAAUCCUGGACUGCCUUUUCUGCAACUACCGUUCUCCUACUCGCGACCUGAACCUUGGACACAUGCAGCGCUUCCACAGCCUGUUUAUUCCGGAGCAAGAAUACCUCGACGAUCUCGAUGGACUUCUCAAAUUCCUCUGGAGGAAGAUUCACGAGUACUACCAGUGCCUUUACUGCAACAAGAUGGUUUUCACGGCUGCCGGUAUUCAAACGCACAUGCGCGAUGUUGGACACUGCAAGAUUGCGUACGACAACGAGGAUGAACAGCUCGAGCUUGGCGAGUUCUACGAUUUCACCAGAACCUACUCGGAUGAUGGUGAAGGCUCGGAAACGGAAGGAGAAGGCGGCGAGGGCGACGAGGAAGGCUGGGAGACCGAUUCCUCCGUCUCGGACGUGCCCACGGACGAAAUCACUUCUGUUCCUAUCGACGACAGGUCGCACCGAUACGCGCAACUAUCCCAGCACAAGCACCACUCGCAUGCGGACCCGCGCCCGCACAAACACGUCGAUGGUUUCCACAGCCACGCCCACACUGGCCCGCGUGCUGUCUAUCGCGAUGAGUAUGAACUGCACCUGCCGUCUGGCCGUACCGCCGGUCACCGCUCUCUCAACAUGUAUUACCGCCAGAACCUGCGCAACUACCCCUCGGCUGCCGAGCGUGCUGAUCAGCUUCUGCUCGAGGAGGGCCAGACAUUCCGCCGCUCUUCUGACUCCGACGAUGAGGAAGAGGGUGGUGUCGGCCUGGAGCCCGGCCAGGGCCAGGUUACCCGCGGUCGUGGCGAUGACCGUGGACGUGGCAGGCAAUUGGUCACGAGGGCGAACGGCGGUUCGGGCAUGCUUGGCGUCAGCGACAUCAAGAAGCGGGAGGUGCGCGCCACAGAGAAGAGGGAGGCGAAGCGUGCGCAGCGCGACCAGGCGCGCGCGGAAUGGACCAAGAACAAGAAGGGCAACUUCCAGAAGCAUUUCAGGGAUCCCCUUCUCCAGUGAGUGCGUGCGAGUAUUUGCGAAGUAUUUGUUUGGUGCUUUUCAGGGUUGCAUGGGUUGCGGACGGCUACUUGCACGGAUGCGGUCGUUAUGGCUUUCAUAGAGUUAUGAACGGAGUGCGGUGUACAUUGCAAGCAGCUAUACUGAAGCUUAGAUGAGCAUAGCAUAUAUAGACAUGUCAUGACUGUCGUCAGAAGUACUAUAUCGCACAGUGACGAGCAGGUAUGUCUCCUGUAUUCUUCUAGAAGAACAAGAAAACUGUGGCGACUGCUAGAUCCGG